AACAGUAACCGACCAUCUGGUAACACUGCAAGUCUUAUAGUGCAAAAAGGAAAUAUAAUUUAGUCAAAACAAAAGCGAAAAUAGGAGUAUGGCCCACGACCGCGAGGUGUUGCGAAUGAUCUGGGAGGGUCAGAUUGGUAUAUGUUUCCAGGCGGAUCGGGACGAAAUCGUGGGCAUAAAGCCAGAGCCCUUCUAUCUCAUGAUAUCGCGACUGAGCUAUUUGCCACUGGUAACUGACAAGGUUCGCAAGUAUUUCUCCCGCUAUAUAAGCGCUGAACAUCAGGAUGGUGCUGUUUGGUUCGACUUCAAUGAAACGCCCCUGCGACUGCACUAUCCAAUUGGUGUCCUCUAUGAUCUUUUGCAUCCGGAGGAGGACGGCACACCGUGGUGCCUCACCAUUCACUUCUCUAAGUUUCCCGAGGACACGCUCGUCAAGCUCAACUCCAAGGAGCUGCUGGAAUCGCACUAUAUGUCCUGCCUGAAAGAGGCAGAUGUCCUAAAACAUCGUGGUCUAGUAAUAUCCGCAAUGCAGAAGAAGGAUCACAAUCAACUUUGGCUGGGAUUGGUCAACGACAAGUUCGAUCAAUUCUGGGCGGUCAAUCGAAGGCUAAUGGAACCGUACAGCGAUCAAGAGUCCUUCAAAAACAUUCCCCUGCGAAUCUACAUCGAUGAUGACUUUACGUACACCCAGAAACUGAUUUCACCGAUCAGCGAGGGCGGACAAAAGAAGAGUUUGGCCGACCUGAUGGCCGAAUUAUCGACACCUGUGCGCAAAGCGGUUGGUUGCCGCACCCAUGGCAUCGAUCUUCACGAGGAGACCCAAUUACAAUGGAUGUCCGAGCACCUAAGCUAUCCCGACAAUUUUCUGCAUUUAUCGGUCGACUACAAGGAUGUUUAGCGCUUUAUCUAUAUGUAUAUAUAUAUGUAUACUCCAUAUAUUCUAUGUUUUUGCCCAGUCCGUGAGUGUAUGAGUGUUCAAGUGCAUCCAUAUGUGCGUUUUUUGUGAGAAUUUUCGCGCUGUUCUAUUUUUCGAUUCCAGCAAAUCCCAGGGCGAUCCUCUGCGAUCGAUUAAAGUCAUAUAUAUAUAUAUAUAUAUAUAUAUAUACAUGUAUAUAUAUACAAACAUACGCCUAGUUAAGUAAAAUGUACGAUAUAUGCCAGCAUUUAAAGGAAGCGAGCAGCGCAAACCAAACGAUUACUGGAACUACCCACUAACUAGUAAUAUCAACACACAUACACACUUCUAUACAUAUAUAUAUAACUUUAUACAGUCGUGCACUGUUUUUUAUUUCAAAGCACUACCUGUUAGCUUAAGUUGCGAUAAAUUUACAUGAAAUUAAUAUAGUCUUAUGUUCAAUUCUGUGUAUUUCAUAAAUAUUUAGGUUUUUUAUUUUUAAAUAUUAUUAACAAACAUCACGCAACAUUAAUGAUUUAAGCUAUUUAGUAUUGACUAAAUCAAAAAUAUAUAUACGAAAGUUAUGAUAAAA